AUGCGGCUAUCAUCCUUUCUGCUACAAGCCAGCGUCACGGUCAGCUUUGCACUGUCGCAGGCCAUCUCAGAGCAAGGGAAAGAUUCUCAAAGCUUUCCGCGCAACGACGCCGGGCAACCACACCCAGCCGAAUACGGCGAAACAAGCUGCAAACUCCAAGCAGCCUACCCAGGCCACUGUGGCGCCGACUACGACUAUACAGAGUACACGUCGGACCAGGAACAGCGCGCCAAUGCCGUGAUUGAGAUGUUCAGGUUCGCGUGGGACGGCUACUACCAAUACGCCUAUCCGCACGACGACCUGCUUCCCGUCAACAACAGUCACAGCGACUCCCGAAACGGUUGGGGUCUCCUCAUGAUCGAUGCCCUGGACACGGCAAUCAUCAUGGAGCAGCAGGACAUCGUCAACAUCAUUUUGAAAUUCGUGCCCACGAUCGACUUCACCAAGAACAAUGCGAAAGGGGAAUACGACGCGAAGACGACAAGUCUCUUCGAGACGAAUAUUCGAUAUCUGGGCGGGUUGCUGUCCAGCUACGACUUGCUCAAGGGUCCAUUCUCUCACAUGGCUUCCAACGACCAGGACGUGGAUGUCCUGCUACGACAGGCGACGGUCCUCGCGGAUACGCUGAAGUUUGCCUUCGACACUCCCACUGGAAUUCCAGUCAACAUAGUCUACAUUGACAACCAAACCUUUAGCAACUCCUCGAGAAUGACAGACGGCGUCUACACCGCCGGACUCGCGGAAUUGGGCACCCUGGUGCUCGAAUGGCAACAUCUCAGUGACCUCACGGGGGAUCCCUCGUACGGCCAUCUCGCCCAACGCGCCGAAUCCCACUGGUUCCAGAGCAAAGAGAUCUGGCCCGGUCUCACGGGCGGCAACUUCAGCGUCUCCACCGGCGAGAUUCUCGAUUCGUACGGAGGCUGGACCUCGGGCAACGACAGUGCAUACGAAUACCUCAUCAAGAUGUAUGUCUACGACCCGGCACGGUACCAGAAUUACAGCCUCCGCUGGCAGGAAGCUGCCGACAGUACCAUCGAGCACCUUCUCGGCCAUCCUUCCAGCCGGCCGGAUCUUACCAUGGCUGGGUCUUUCGUCGGACAGGAAAAGCAGAACUACUCCGAGCAACUCGCGUGUUUCAUGUACGUAUUCCCCCACUCACUCACUCACUCACUUACUCACUCACUCACUCACUCACUCACUCACCCACUACCGUCCCACCAUCCCACCAAACUGACCAACGCAUCUUUAAAAAACCAGCGGAGGCAACUUCCUCCUAGCCUCCUCCGCCCUCAACCAUUCCUCCCCCUCCGACGCCGUCAACCAGACCAAACUCGAGAGCUACAAGACCUACGGCCUCCUCUUCUCCGAAUUCUGCGCCAACGGCUACCGCUACGCCAACAGCGGUAUAGGCCCCACGUUCUAUUCCUGGAACACAACCCUCCUCGACACCCACAAGGAAUACCGGAACCAGACUUCCCUCUACAGCCACGCCGGGUGGUUCAUCCCGGUCGAGGAAUAUGAAGGUAGCUACCCCUGCCUCACUCACCCCCUCCAUUCAUCCGGUCUCUAACUCUCGCUCCUCCUUUCCCUCUGCAUAGAUUUCAGCGACGGCCAAUGCCCCGAAGCCGUCGAAUCAUGGUACUACGCCUACCAAACCACCCAAGACCCAUACUGGCGCGACGUAGCGUGGUCCUACACCCUCGCCCAGAACCGCACCGAGAAAAUCAUCCACCAGCAGAACAGCAACAACGACGGCGGCGCCGGCGGUUUUUCCUUCGUCAACAACGUCCUCUCCUUCACCGGCGACGGCACGCAGAAUUUCAUGGCGAGCUACCUGCUCGCCGAGGUUUUCAAGUAUCAGUACCUGAUCCAGACGCCGAAGAAGGGCGUUUGGGAUGUCAUGGGUGGUGAGGACGGGAGGAAUCCGUUUGUUUUUAAUACCGAGGCGCAUCCGUUUAGGGUGGCGGCGAGGGAUCCGGUUUGA